AUGGCGCCAAAAGAUUGGGUUCUCGAUAUGUAGCGAGGAGGGAGGGCAGGCAGCCGCCGAGCGCAGCGUUACUAUCCCACCAGUAACUUGGGCAUUGCUGGGGCGGGGGCCAGAGGAGGAGGAGGAGAUGAUUUUUGGAUCCUGAGAAUUGAUCUGUGUUGGAUCAGCUGCCUGCUGUUUCCCGGGGAGAUCAUGAAACGAGGUCGCCUUCCCAGCAGCAGUGAGGAUUCUGACGACAAUGGCAGCCUCUCAACUACUUGGUCACAGAAUUCCCGAUCCCAGCACAGGAGAGGUUCCUGCUCCAGACAUGAAGAUCGAAAACCUUCAGAGGUGUUUAGGACAGACCUGAUCACUGCUAUGAAGUUGCAUGACUCCUAUCAGCUGAACCCAGAUGAGUACUAUGUGUUGGCAGAUCCCUGGAGACAGGAGUGGGAGAAAGGGGUCCAGGUGCCCGUGAGCCCAGGGACCAUCCCUCAGCCUGUGGCCAGGGUCGUGUCUGAAGAGAAAUCCCUCAUGUUCAUCAGGCCCAAGAAAUACAUUGUGUCGCCAGGCUCCGAACCUCCAGAGUUGGGCUAUGUUGAUAUCCGAACGCUGGCCGACAGUGUGUGUCGUUACGACCUCAACGACAUGGAUGCUGCAUGGCUGGAACUGACCAAUGAGGAAUUUAAGGAGAUGGGAAUGCCUGAAUUGGAUGAAUACACCAUGGAAAGGGUCCUAGAGGAAUUCGAACAGCGAUGCUAUGACAAUAUGAAUCAUGCUAUAGAGACUGAAGAAGGCCUGGGGAUUGAAUAUGAUGAAGAUGUUGUCUGUGAUGUCUGCCAGUCACCUGACGGUGAGGACGGCAAUGAGAUGGUGUUCUGUGACAAAUGCAACAUCUGUGUGCACCAGGCCUGUUAUGGAAUCCUCAAGGUCCCGGAGGGCAGUUGGCUGUGCCGGACGUGUGCCCUGGGGGUUCAGCCAAAAUGUUUGCUGUGUCCCAAGAAAGGCGGAGCGAUGAAGCCUACCCGCAGUGGCACCAAAUGGGUCCAUGUCAGCUGUGCUUUGUGGAUCCCUGAGGUGAGCAUUGGCAGCCCUGAGAAGAUGGAACCCAUCACGAAGGUGUCUCACAUCCCCAGCAGUCGGUGGGCGCUGGUGUGUAGCCUCUGCAAUGAGAAGUUUGGGGCCUCCAUACAGUGCUCUGUGAAGAACUGCCGCACGGCCUUCCAUGUAACCUGUGCUUUCGACCGGGGCCUGGAGAUGAAGACCAUCUUGGCAGAGAACGAUGAAGUCAAGUUCAAGUCCUACUGCCCGAAGCACAGCUCACAUAGAAAACCUGAGGAGAGCCUCGGUGAGGGGGCCACACAAGAGAAUGGGGCUUCUGAGUGUUCCCCUCGGAAUCCGCUGGAGCCUUUUGCCAGCCUUGAGCAGAAUCAAGAGGAGGCCCACCGGGUGAGUGUCCGCAAGCAGAAGCUGCAACAGCUGGAAGAUGAAUUCUACACCUUCGUCAACCUGCUGGAUGUGGCCAGGGCCCUGCGGCUGCCUGAGGAAGUAGUGGAUUUCCUGUACCAGUACUGGAAGUUGAAGAGGAAGGUCAACUUCAACAAGCCCUUGAUCACUCCAAAGAAAGAUGAAGAGGACAAUCUAGCGAAGCGGGAGCAGGAUGUCUUGUUUAGGAGGCUGCAGCUGUUCACUCACCUGCGGCAGGACCUGGAGAGGGUUCGGAACCUCACUUACAUGGUGACCCGCAGGGAAAAGAUUAAGCGGUCUGUGUGCAAAGUCCAGGAACAGAUAUUCAAUCUUUACACUAAGCUCUUGGAGCAAGAAAGAGUUUCAGGUGGAUCCCCAGUCUUAGAAGAUAGGUGGUUCCAGGUGAGGAGGAGAUGGCCACAGCUUAGACAUGUCGGUCAGGGUCCAUGGUUUGGACGUGUGCGAGCUGAGAACGGCGGGACUGUUCUGUUGGAGGAGCGUGUCCUCACUGCGGACCAUGCUUCCAGGUCCUGCGGCCAAGGCUUUUCAGAGACAUGGAUCCCAGGUGUGCCUUCUUCCUCCUGCUCCUCCUCCUCACUGGAAAACGUGCUUUUGUUUAACAGUCCUUCUGUGGGCCCUGAUGCUCCCAAGAUAGAGGACUUGAAGUGGCAUUCUGCGUUCUUCAGGAAGCAAAUGGGUACUUCCUUGGUUCAUUCGCUGAAAAAGCCCCAUAAGCGAGAUCUAUUGCAGAACAGCACUGGGAGUGGAGGCAAAACCCUGCUGAAGCAGCCGGACCUGUGUGGGAGAAGGGAGGGGAUGGUGGUCCCAGAGAGCUUUUUGAGUUUUGAAAAGACCUUUGCAGAAGCACGUCUCAUAUCAGCACAGCAGAAAAAUGGGCUGGUGAUGCCAGAUCAUGGGGACAGAAGAGACCAUCGUUUUCAUUGUGAUCUUAGUAAGGGAGACUUAAAGGACAGACCUUGUAAACAGAGUCACAAGCCUCUCAGGUCCACAGACGUGUCCCAGAGGCACCUGGACAACAGCAGAGCUGCCGCCUCCCUGGGAGCGGGGCAGGCAGCACCUGGCACGAGGAAAGAGAUAGUGCCCAAGUGCAACGGCUCCCUCAUCAAAGUAAACUAUAACCAGACUGCAGUCAAAGUGCCUACAACGCCUGCCAGCCCAGUGAAAAACUGGGGCGGAUUCCGGAUUCCAAAGAAAGGGGAACGGCAGCAGCAGGGAGAGGCCCAUGAGGGGGCCUGCCACCAGCACUCAGACUACCCCUAUUUGGGCUUAGGCCGAGUUCCAGCCAAGGAGAGGGCAAAGAACAAAUUAAAAUCUGACAAUGAGAAUGACGGGUAUGUCCCUGAUGUAGAGAUGAGUGACUCAGAGAGUGAGGCAUCAGAAAAGAAAUGCAUACACGCCAGCAGCACUAUCAGCCGGAGGACAGAUAUUAUCAGGAGAAGCAUUCUGGCCUCUUGAUGAAACCGAGAUGGCGUGGGGGCGCCGCGGGCUUGUCGUGGAGUUGCUAGACCAGAGCUCUGAUGUGGGGGACAAGCAGAACCCCAUCACUCCUGAGCUACACAAACACAUUUACUUGCAAGUCAGAUUGAAUUUUUUUUUUCAGAGUGCUUUAUGAAUCACUGUUGUGAGAAGUGUGUUAUCUGCAACUUGUUGAGGAAACACAAGAGUAGAUUGUAACCCUCAGACAUUAGUACUUGAGGCUGAAUUAAACACUAAGAAUGACUGAAAUAAGUCUUCAGAGGGCAAGGCUUACAGAAGCCUCCUGAGUUUGUAUUGCCCUCUGUAUUCUUCCCAAAGCACAAACUCUUGGUUACCUGAAUAUGCGGAAUCAGAUGCAGUUCUUGAGAAACCCUCACGUACCGUUUAAUAGCCCAUAGAACUUACUUCCUAGGACUGUGGUAGAUGUCGAAGUCAUAUUUAUACUUUGGCCCAAAAGGCUGUUUUUGUUGCAUUGUAGUUAGAGGCAGCAGCUCAGAAGCUUCAGUGACUCUAGGGAAUUCAUGUGUAAAUUAGAACAGCAGAUGGGGAAGAAAGAAUUAAAAAAAAAGGUCAGAUCUAGAAGAUCUGAAGGGGCAGGGGGGAGCUGCUGCAGCUUGCAGAUUUAGGGUCAGUAUAGCAAGGUCCUGUUGCCUGAAGCACUUGAGUGUGUUGGGGGUAUGGGACUGGUGGAGAAAGAAGCCAUUAGAAAGUUCUGUGAGAAAGGGCAGUUGGUCCCAUUUUUAUUAGUCCUCUUGACCUUCCUCUUCCCUUAACCACUUCCUUUUGGGCCAACUUUGGAUCUCCCUGGCCUUUGGCAUACCUGGCCAUCUGGCUUCCAACAAUACUAAUGGCUAUUCAAGUUCAAGCGAUGAACUUCCAGACUCUGGUGACAUACUUCCCAGAGCCAACCACUAUUGCAUAUGUUGGGGAAUCCGGGCUUCCAACAUGAACGGAUUCCUUAAGAAAAAGGAAAAGAAAAAAAAAGAAAAAAGAAAAAAAAAAGCAAAAUAGGUUAUAUUUUAAAAACAAUAGAAAGGCAAUAAGUUGCGAUAACCUCUUACCAUUGACCAAGGUUAUAUGGGAAAGAGACUGAGGUGUAGUAGGUUUCCUGGAGUCAGAGUUCUAAGCUCCAAUUCGUAACUUGGACUUUCUAAUUGCAAAUGGCAAUAACUAGUAAGUUAUCAGCAAUAAUGAAGUUAGCAUUAAAUUUGAGUACAAUGUUCUGUUUUUGCACUCACUGUAGUGCGUAUGUAUUAAGACAGUGGAUAGUGUUAAAGUCCUGUUAAUUUUCUUUGGAAUUCAAUGUAGUUGUGAAUCAAACUUAAGGAAAGUUUAAGUAGCAAUGAAAUUUAGAAUUAUGGGCACUUGGAACAAGCCCAGCUUCCCCUAAAUUAUCCUUAGUUUGUUAAUAUCAGUAUUCAGAUUCCUGAUUCAUUUAUACAUCUGUUUCCAUGUGGCAGGGACAUUCUGAUACUUAACGAGGGAUGCUUUGAGUUCUGUAGUUACCUUUCAAGUCUUCCAGGUGAUUGUCAACAGCAAAAAAGGCUUAUGGAAUUCCAUCUUGCUAUGCAAGUUUUAUCUGAUGAUCAAAUAGUAGAUCUGACACAUCCCCAUUGUAUGUAUGACAUUUUCAAACCAAGUCUUAACUUUUCGAAUACAUUUUAGUAGCUAAUUCAGGGGAGGGGAAAGAAUGACCCAGGUUUUUAGAUUGACUAUUUUUGAGCUAUGGGGCUCAUUCUGAAAGACUGCUGUCCAGAUAAGCUGUUGCUAAAGAUAUUAGGAGGUUCUUAAUGAAUCCAAGUUGUACAUUUACUCAUAGCGUAAUUUAAAAAUCAGAUUUUUUGCAUAUGAGCAAAAAAUGUUUUUGUUGGAUGCAGAAGACGGUGGAUACUUUUUACAGUUACCUUUUGACCACAGCAACAGCUCUGGGUGAGAGUAGAAUAUAUAGAGGGGUAAUCUGUCAAGCCAUAGAAAGAAAAUCUAAAUUUUAGUAAGUAUAUGACCUCUCACCAUUUUAAGAGGUACCAGAUUCAUUUGCACUAUUUAGGAAUGCUAGUUUUGUGCAAAAAUAAUGCCUUACCUGUUUUUCCCCACAUUUAGGUUGAAAAGCUUUCAAAUGUUCCAAGUUAUGCUGAACCAAAAAAAACAAAAAACAAACAAAAAAACAAAACAAAAAAAAAUAAAAACCCACACAAAAACAAAACACAAAAAUAAAAAGCCCACACUUUUUAUUCCUGCUUUGAAAUGCAAAUGGCAUAGAGCACGGUUUCUCUGACAGUGUAAUGAUAGCUUUGUAAGUUAGUUCACGUCCUGCUGGGAGCUCUGUAUGAGGCGGCCACACGCAGCACCCACCCACCCCACCCACUUGCACUCUCUUAGUAGGAGCCAUUUGCUCUGCUUUUCCUUUCUUUUCUUUGAAGCUUUAUCUUUCCUUGUGCAUCCUGACCAAGAAAUAUCUUUGAUUAUGAUCAAUGUAUUAUGUCAAAAUGUAGGCUAGUUAAACUUUUGUAAAGUUGCCUGGAAUGUCAUUUGUUAGGUUAUAAACACAAAAUUGAAAAUGAAGGGUUCUAUGUGUUGUGUACAAAUCUUAAUUAUUUUGAAAUGGACAAACUUGUCAUUACAUUUGUAACCUUGUACAGAGGAUUUUUCACUAUGUGCCUAGCUUGGUGUCCAUUCAGCUAAAAUUGGAAAAAAAAGGUGCAUGAAGAGUUAAAAAAAAAUCAGAAAUUAAACAAAGUAUAUGUAGAGAUGACUAUUUUAUAUUACAUGGCCCAAUCCUGUAUUUAUUUCUACCCCUUUUUUGAAAGUAUUUAUAAAACUAGUUGAGGACAGCUGUAUUUUUUUGUUGAACUAUUUAGUAGAAUUUGUGCCUUUUUGUCUGUAUGUGAAUAAAUGCUGUACAUUUUGCAAUACA